AUGCGAACCCUCCGCUGCGUACGACUUGGUCGUGCGAGUGCACCUUUCCGCCUACGCCAAAAUGCGCUCCGACUACCCUCCCUCCGCCAAUGCCAGCAGACACGACCAAUAGCAAGCCAAACACCAUGGUUGCGACGACCUUGCCAGGCAACAAAUCAGACCAACCUCCGAUCCUUCCACCUUCCCUCCCUCUCCUCCUUCCUACCUUCAUCUUCGAAUGGCAACGGCAAUGGUGACAAUAACAACGGCCGCGUCCUAACCGCCACCCGAACGCUCCCCUACCCACCGGAGCUUCUCUUCAGCGUCAUCUCCGCGGUGGAAUCCUACUCGCAAUUCCUCCCUUUCCUCACAGCCUCCACGGUGACAAGCCGCGAUCCUGUGACAAACUUUCCAACACAGGCGUUUCUGACAGUGGGAUACGGCCCUCUCAGUGAGACCUUCACAUCACGCGUGGACUGCGAUGCGCAAAAGUGGGUGGUUGAGGCGCGCAGCGGGGCAAAAUACUCCGAUCAAAAAAGUGCAAGCUUCUUCCCCGGUGCUACGGAAGGUAUCUUCAAGUACCUGUCGACGCGUUGGGAAUUGGAACCAAGCCCGCAAACGGGGGGAGGAACGCCGCAGACGAAAGUCCGACUCGAGGUGCGAUUUGAAUUCCAGAAUCAGUUGCAUGCUACCAUCAUGAGUACAGUUGAGGGUCAGAUGGCUACUGUUAUGAUUGAGGCGUUUGAAAAGCGCAUUCGGGAGGUGGAGGGGAGAGGGCAAUGA